AUGUCUACUCGGCAGCAGAACACCGCGAAGAAAAGCAGCCGGCCGUGUCCCAGGGUGUGGUAUAUCGUUUUCCCUCAUUUGUUCCUGGUCUUCCUCCUGCUGAUAUACGCGGUCUUUGGCGCGAUCCUAUUUGCACAGCUGGAAGGCACCAACGAUUCGACGGAUAGCUACGACACUUUUCUGAACAGGCUGUGGGAAAUUGCCAACGAAACUCUUGCCAACGAAACUCAUACCAACGAGACUGCGAAAUACCACUUUAAGAAUCGAGUUAGAGAGCAAAUGAAGUAUUUUGAGGUUCAGUGGUCCGACCUUAAGGAAAACGAAACGCAAUGGAACUUUCUUGGGUCUCUGUUUUUCUGCUGCACCGUGUUCACGACCGUGGGAUAUGGUCAUAUCUUUCCUUUAACAAUCGGAGGGAAAAUUGCCUGCAUGUUCUAUGCCACGUUUGGCAUCCCCAUCAUGCUCUUGGUUGUCACAGAUGUUGGAGACAUACUGGCAGCUUUGCUUUCCAAAGCCUACAACAAGGUAAGAAGGCAGAUACCCAAGAACGUUUCUCCACCGCCCUCAGAAACACCAUCACGGUGGUCUUCGUUCAAGCAGAGCUUCACCAAAUCGGAAACUAAACCUGAAGCAAGAUCAAUCACCUUUAAAAGUGGCUCACAAGUCAUCAUAACACCGAUGAGCCUUAAAAAUGUACUGAACACUCAGUCUUCUGUGAAAAGAAAAUCCGAAAUGCUGAGAAAUGCUGAAAUAUUUGAAAAAUUAAUUGUUCAAGAACAUAUGGAUCAGAAUCCUUUGCUGACUAGAAGAAGAGAUCGAAGUAAGUCAUGCCCUGAGCUGGACGUGAAUCCCAUGGUAGAUGAAAGUUUUUUUCCACGCUUGGGCCAGGAACUUGAAAAAUUUGAUGUACCAAUUGUUAUCAUCAUAGGUGUUGUUUUUGCAUAUCUCCUUUUUGGUGCAGGUAUUCUUAGAAUAUGGGAGAACUGGGACUACCUAAAUUCUUUUUAUUUCUAUUUUAUUACCAUAACUACCAUUGGCUUCGGAGACUUUUUCCCUGAACACCCUAAUUUUUUAAUGAUUGUGUCUCUUUUGAUUAUUACUGGUAUGGCAAUCAUGUCUAUGGCUUUUAAAUUAACACAGAACAGGAUAGCUUUUUGUUACAGACAGGUGACCAUGUGGAUUCAUGGUGGCAAGCUGAAUAAAUUUCGAGUAACUUGA